CUUUUCCUUCACUCCCUUUUCCUUGUCACACAAGCACUACUCCAACGAUCGUACGGUCACUAUUCUCCGGCGAUGUCUCUCAUCACUCCUCCACCGAUGGAUGGAAUAAAAACUCUCAAAGUUACUUUUUAUCGUGCUGGCGAAGAUGAAGUGACUAUCCAUUUUAUCACAUUGCCAAAACAAAGUACUGUAGGAGAUGUUCUUAAUGACCUGAAAACGAAGGUUGAAUUGUCAAGGCCGGAUGCUGAACUAAGAUUGCUGGAAGUUUUUUACCACAAGAUAUAUAAGAUUUUUCCCCUUAAUGAAAGGAUUGAGAACAUUAGUGAUCAAUACUGGACGCUACGUGCAGAGGAGAUUCCUGAAGAGGAGAAAAACCUGGAUCCUCAUAGUCGCUUAAUUCAUGUUUAUCAUUUUAUGACGGACACAGCUCAAAAUCAAGCACAAGUACAGAACUUUGGUGAGCCCUUUUUCCUGGUUAUUCAUGAGGGUGAGACAGGGACUGAAGUUAAAGCUCGCAUUCAGGAAAAAUUGCAGGUUUCCGAUGAGGAGUUUUCCAAGUGGAAAUUUGCAUUUGUAUCCCUGGGCCGUCCCCAGUACCUCCAGGACUCGGAUAUUGUUUACAACCUUUUUGACAGAAGAGAUGUGUAUGGUGCUUGGGAUCAGUACCUUGGAUUAGAGCACAGUGACAAUGCUCCAAAUGAUCAUGCUGCCAACGGUAUGCACUAUGCUUAUGCGCGAGUUGUCACAGCAUAUCUAUGAGAAACCUUCUGAAAUUUUUUAGGUCAUUGAUAGAUUGGCUGGGGCCUAGGAGGACCACUGCUCAGGCAUAGUUAUUGGGAGCAGAAUAAAGUAGUGGACUUGCUUGCGAAGAGCUUGAAAACAACUUUUUAUUCUAUAAGAGUAGAUGGGUGGUGCCCGUGUGCACUCGGGCGACUGUGCUACUCAUUGUUUGUGUUGUAUGCACAGCUAUACAAGAAAAUAUUCCCAUACUCAUUUCAAGUGUAUUGUCACACUGAUUAAAUGUACACAACAAUAACACUUGAUACUACUUUCAUGCAUUGAGAGACAAAAUUUUACCAAAUAUCUAAUAGAUAAUAAGUAUCCACUUUUGAGUGUAA